AUGUUGCUAUUUUGAGCACAUGCAGAAGAGUUCAAGCUGAAGCGCUUACAGUCAGCCUGGUUAUGUUCAAGUACUGAAUGAAUAUGCUUUUCUGAGUGUGUCACCUGCAUUAGAAGUCGAUUCAGGAUUUAAGAGUGAGAGACAUGGCUCCAAAAAAGGCCAAAGGAGAUGAUGCACCAAAGCCACCACCGCUGAUUGGAAGGUUUGGAACUUCUCUGAAGAUAGGGAUUGUCGGUUUGCCCAAUGUUGGGAAGUCAACCUUUUUCAACGUGCUGACAAAGAGUCAGGCUGCAGCAGAAAAUUUCCCCUUCUGCACCAUUGACCCAAAUGAAAGCAGAGUGCCCAUUCCAGAUGAACGCUAUGAUUUCCUCUGCCAAUUCCACAAACCUCCCAGUAAAAUCCCAGCAUUUCUCAAUGUUGUGGACAUUGCUGGUCUGGUGAAAGGUGCCCAUGUUGGCCAAGGGCUGGGAAAUGCCUUCCUAUCCCACAUCAGCGCCUGCGAUGGCAUCUUCCACCUGACACGGGCUUUUGAGGAUGAGGAUAUCAUCCAUGUGGAGGGGACUGUGGACCCUGUUCGAGAUAUGGAGAUCAUCCAUGAGGAGCUGAGGCUGAAGGAUGUGGAGAUGAUCGUCCCCAUUAUCGACAAGCUGGAGAAGACGGCCAUUAGAGGCGGUGACAAGAAACUCAAACCAGAAUAUGACGUUAUGUGCAAAGUAAAGAGCUGGGUUGUGGAUGAAAAGAAGCAUGUUCGUUACUAUCAUGACUGGAACGAUAAGGAGAUUGAAGUGUUGAACAAAUACUUGUUUUUGACAUCCAAACCAAUGAUCUACCUCGUUAAUCUGUCUGAGAAAGACUACAUAAGGAGGAAGAACAAAUGGCUGGUGAAAAUCAAGGAGUGGGUGGACAGUCACGACCCCGGAGCCUUGGUCAUCCCCUUCAGCGGCAACCUGGAGAGUCGACUACAGGACUUUAACGAAGAAGAGAGACUGAAAUACUGCAAAGAGCACAAGACGCAGAGUGCCCUAAGCAAGAUCAUCAAGGCUGGCUACGCAGCCCUGCAGCUUGAGUACUUCUUCACCGCUGGCCCAGAUGAGGUUCGCGCCUGGACCAUCCGGAAAGGAACUAAGGCUCCACAGGCUGCAGGGAAGAUCCACACGGACUUCGAGAGGGGCUUCAUUAUGGCAGAAGUAAUGAAAUUCCAGGAUUUUAAAGAAGAGGGCAGCGAGAGCGCUGUCAAGGCAGCUGGGAAAUACCGACAGCAAGGAAGAAACUACACGGUUGAGGAUGGAGACAUCAUCUUUUUCAAAUUCAAUGCACCAAACGCACCAAAGAAGAAGUGACUUAGGAGGAAUAUUGUUGUUUACACAGCUGACUUUAUUUUUUUCAUUAUUUUUGGCAAUGGAUAUACGAGUAUUCACACCCCUUCGUUUUUUCCAAAUUUCACAAUGUAACGGGUUUAUUCUGAAACUGUUAAUUUAUUUAUUUAUUUAUUUAUUUAUUUUUUACAAGAUAACUAGCCUAUAAAGAGAAAGAAAAAUGAAAAACCUGUUAAGUAUGUAUGUAGUCACACCUUUUUAAUUUUUCACUGUUUCUUAUAUAUUUCUGAAACUUGACAGGUUUUUUCCCUUAUGGAAAUUUAAAAUUAUGGAACUUAAAACUGCAGAGGAAUACAAAAAUAUAUCUACCAAAUAUCCUGAAAAGUACUUUUGUCUGCAGAACCCUAUGUAGAUUUAAAUGAUGGUGCGGAUUGAUCAGGAUCAAUGGUCAGUUAGUAUAUUCUUUUCAGUAAAGAACCAUCCAGAAGGUUGCCUUUUGCUAGCACUAUUUGUGAGUCAGAUCUCUAUGGCAGCAGGGGAAGCACCAGAAGCUGCUCACUAAAACACAAUUGGUGGCCGGCUUGAAUUUUGCAAAAACAUAUCCUAGAUUUUUAAGGCUAAUAAUCUUCAUAAUUUAGAAGCUUUUGUGCUGGAACUCACUGCAGUCUCUCUUGUCAAGCACGGUGAUAGCAACAUCAUGCUAGGGCAGUGUUAUUUAACUAAGGGGAUUGGUAGAUACUCUUAGUAGGUGUUCCAAGCUCGUAAGCAACGACCCAAGAACACUUAUGUCCGGCCAAAGAUGCUAUAAAGAAUUAUAUCGAGCCAUGGAUGUGUUACAUUAAUAAUUUUCACAUCCCACUAAAAAGCUUUUUUGAUAUUACAGAGUUCUGUUCAUAAAUAGGUGUGAUGGCAAAUCCUCAGAUGUAUUUUAGAAAAAGUAACACAAAAUGGAGAAAAAACAAAGGGGUGUGAAUAAUUUCUGGUGGUAGUGUGAAGGAUCCAGAGCAAAAUAUGCUUCUAUUAACUCUGACAGUCUUUCUGUUUGAGAUCGGGAUUGAGGAUCACAGCAGCAUUUUAAGGAGCAUAUCACUCCCCUGUUACUUCAUUAAUCUCCAUCACAGAUGCCAGCAGUGACACGGCUGACAGAGGAGACAAUACCACCUGCUCUGCUCUCCCUCCUGCAGAUAAUGCAUGUUUUACAGUAGGCCAGAUGUCUACACUCAAUAAAACAUUUGACAAAAAAACAG